UGCAGGCUAAGCGUAUGAAUAAAGGGCUUUGCAGAUGCCCUGGAAGCCAUUACUGAGAAUCAGAACUUACACCACUCCCUAAAAGAAGGUAGCGUUCACUUUGGAUCUAAGGAAGCGAUCUCCAGAGAAGGCAUAGCUCCAACAGGAAGCCGGAGAGUAAAAUUUAAUUCUGCUAUUUCAUUAAAACACGUGUGUGGAUUCUAACGCUUUAAAGACUCUGCACAGAUCUGGAUCCAGUGUGAACAAUGGAGACAGCGCUAGCAAAAACGUCACAGCAAAGGCAAGUUGUUUUUCUUACUAUGUUGUUGCUUUUGUGGGUGUCUGGUUCUGAGGCAAUUAAAUAUUCUGUGCCAGAAGAAACAGAGAGUGGUUACUUGGUGGCUAACCUAGCAAAAAAUCUGGGGAUCAGGGUUGGGGAACUGGCCGCUAGAGGGGCACAAAUCCAUCACAGAGGAAACAAAGAGCUCUUGCAGCUGGAUGCAGAGACAGGAAAUCUGUUCUUGAAGGAAAAAUUAGACCGUGAGGUGCUGUGCGGGGCGACAGAACCCUGUGUGCUGCACUUCCAGAUCAUACUGAAAAACCCUGUGCAGUUCUUUCAAACUGAAUUGCAGCUCACAGAUAUAAACGACCAUUCUCCAGAGUUCCCUGAUGAGAAAAUGCUACUAAAAAUCCCUGAGAGCGCCCAGCCAGGGGCCAUGUUUCCUCUGAAGGCGGCUCAGGACCCUGACACAGGGAGCAACGCUGUACAGAACUACACAGUCAGUCCCAACCUCCAUUUCCACGUCGUUACUCACAGUCGCUCAGAUGGCAGGAAAUACCCAGAGCUGGUGCUGGACAGAGCCCUGGACAGGGAGGAGCAGCCUGAGCUCACUUUAAUCCUCACUGCUCUGGAUGGGGGUGCUCCGCCCAAGUCUGGGACGACCACGGUUCGAAUUGAAGUCGUGGACAUCAAUGACAAUGCUCCUCAGUUUAUGCAAUCGCUCUAUGAGGUGCAGGUUCCUGAGAAUAUACCCCUUGAUGCCUUGCUUGUCACGGUCUCUGCCAGGGAUUUAGAUGCUGGGAUAUAUGGAAAUAUAGCCUACUCUCUGUUUCAGGGAGAUGGAGAUUCCCAACCAUUUGUAAUAGAUGAAGUGACAGGAAAAAUCCGUCUAAGCAAAAAGUUGGAUUUUGAGGUAACUCCAUCCUAUAAUAUGGAAAUCGCAGCCACUGAUGGAGGGGGCCUUUCAGGAAAAUGCACUGUGGCUGUACAGGUGUUGGAUGUGAAUGACAACCCCCCAAAGCUGACCAUCUCCACACUCUCAAGCCCUAUCCCUGAAAACUCCCCGGAGUCUGUAGUUGCUGUUUUCAGUGUUUUUGAUCCAGAUUCUGGGGACAAUGGAAGGAUGGUGUGCUCUAUUCAGAAUGAACUUCCAUUUCUUUUAAAGUCCACACUUGAGAACUAUUAUACUUUAGCAACAGAGAGGCCACUAGACAGAGAGAGCAGAGCUGAGUACAACAUCACCAUCACUGUCUCAGACAUGGGCACACCCGGGCUCACAACCCAGCACACCAUAACAGUGCAGGUGUCUGACAUCAAUGACAACGCCCCCACCUUCACCCAAACCUCCUACACCCUGUUCGUCCGCGAGAACAACAGCCCCGCCCUGCACAUAGGCACCAUCAGUGCCACAGACUCAGACUCAGGCUCCAAUGCCCACAUCACCUACUCGCUGCUGCCGCCCCAAGACCCGCAGCUGGCCCUCGCCUCGCUCAUCUCCAUCAAUGUUGACAACGGGCAGCUAUUUGUGCUCAGGGCACUGGACUACGAGGCCCUGCAGGCCUUUGACUUCCGCGUGAGCGCCACAGACGGAGGCUCACCCGCGCUCAGCAGCCAGGCUCUGGUGCACGUGGUGGUGCUGGAUGACAAUGACAAUGCGCCCUUCGUCCUCUACCCGAUGCAGAACGCCUCUGCACCCUGCACAGAGCUGCUGCCCAGGGCGGCGGAACCUGGAUACCUGGUCACCAAGGUGGUGGCUGUGGACCGCGACUCUGGCCAGAAUGCCUGGCUGUCCUUCCAACUGCUCAAGGCCACAGAGCCCGGGCUGUUCAGCGUGUGGGCGCACAAUGGUGAGGUGCGCACCACCAGGCUGCUGAGCGAGCGCGAUGUGCCCAAGCACAGGCUGGUGCUGCUGGUCAAGGACAAUGGCGACCCUCCGCGCUCUGCCAGCGUCACUCUGCACGUGCUAGUGGUGGAUGGCUUCUCUCAGCCCUACCUGCCUCUGCCAGAGGUGGCGCUGGACCCUACACGCGACGAAGAUUAUCUCACACUGUAUCUUGUCAUUGCCUUGGCAUCCGUGUCUUCUCUCUUCCUCCUGUCUGUGCUGCUGUUCGUGGGGGUGAGGCUGUGCAGGAGGGCCAGGGCGGCCUCUCUGGGAGGCUGCUCUGUACCUGAGGGACACUUUCCUGGCCACCUGGUGGACGUCAGCGGUAUGGGGACUCUGUCCCAGAGCUACCAGUAUGAGGUGUGUCUGAUGGGGGAAUCUGGGGCAACAGAUUUUAAGUCCCUGAAGCCCAGCAUUCCCACUAUUCUGAUCCCAGACAAUUAUAUGUUGAAUAGUUAAAAUUACAGAAAAGUCUUAAGUGGCAUUAAGAGAAGGAUAAGUAGUAGUUGCUUGGAUGUCGGUAUUUUUCUUGUAGUUAGUAAUAUUUCUUUGAGAUUAUGUUUUAUUUCAAUGUGCUUUUACUUUUUACAUAAUCAAUGUUUCAACUGUCUCCUGACUUAUUAAUGCACUCUUAGCGUAUAUUUUCUGUCAUUCAGCAGGAAGUAAAAUCUUUACUCAGCUAGUGAUAACUGAAAUUGCUUUAAAAGCUCAUCUAAUGUAGUGUAUUUGGCACGCAACGUAGAAUGCCAAACAUUUUCAAAAUUUAUCGGUAACAGUUUCUUCUCUGAUUUUUCUUAGAACAUAUACUAAUUAUACAAUGUGGUGGAUUUAUUGUGAUGUUUGCAUAUAUGUAGAUAGUGUGCCUUGUUCAUACUCAUCCCUAAUCAUCAGCCUCCCUUGUGGUUUCACAAUGUCCCUAAAACUCACCUAGAAGUGAAAAAGUUCUUCUAUUGUCAUUGUGUGCAGCUAUUGUUCCAUUCAUUUUCCUGGAUUCUUCUUAAUGGAUUAGUAAAAUUACAGUGUGUAGAUUUUAGGUAUAGUUCAGUUGGUAGAGUGUUUGCUUAGCAGGCACAACAUCCUGUGUUUGAGUGCCAGCAUCACAUAGCAUGUUUAUUAAGAUCAUCUGAGUUAUAUGAGUGUCUUUCAAAAUCAAAACAAAAAACAAAACUGCACUUUACAAAUAAGUACAUUUUCUGUAUUCAUCAAUAAAUCAAACAAUCUUAAACUGUUUCCUCAAUAGUUAAGUAAAAUGUUAAUUACAGAUGUUUUCUUUGAGAAACAUAACAGCAGUUAAGAGCACUGACUGCUCUUCCAAAGGUCCUGAAUUCAAAUCCCAGCACCCAUAUGGUGGCUCACAACCAUCCAUAAUGAGAUCUGGACUCAUUUCUUCUGGACUGUCUGAAGACAGCUACAGUGUACUAAAAUAUAAUAAAUAAAUAAAUCUUUUUAAAGGAAAUACAACAGUUUGAGCUCUUUUAGAAACAAUAGACUUAGCCCAUCUCUUUAUUGACACUUGUUAUUCACAGUUUUGAGACAGGGGGUCUCUACUAGCCCUGGCUGUCCUAGAAAUCAUUAUGUAGACUGAAUUGGCCUCACAGAGACCCACCUGCUUCUGCCUCCUGAUUAUGAGAACUAAAGACAUGCACCACUGCACCCAACAGCAAUUAAUAUUCAAGAUUUUAUUUUAAAUAUAGACCAAAGUUUAAAACCAUUGAUAAAUCCAUUGGAUUGCUUUUUAAGCAUUUAGUCUACAGGAUUGUUAAAAGCAUA